AUGGAAGCAGUCAAGUCGGGAGACAUGAUUCACACCGAUGUUGAGCACCUGGAAGUGAAGACUGGCCCGGCGCUGGAACCCGUCGGGACUGUCAAGUUGCUCGACCAAGGCGAUAUCAUCCUCAUCCCGACUCCUACCAACGAGCCCCGCGACCCCCUGAACCUUCCCAACUGGCGCAAGAUAAACAUUGUCUGCAAUGUUUCCAUAUUCGCAGCUACAGCCACACUCAUGGCGUCUUCUUUUGGCGCCAUACUACCAAUCGUGACUGCAGAAUACGACGGCGACCCACGUGUCAAUGAUCUUGUCACUUUGCCAGCCUUGUUCAUCGGAAUUGGAAACUUCAUCUUUGUCCCCAUAUCUCACGCAGUCGGGCGACGCGCAACAUACUUGUUUUCCCUGACAAUGCUCGUGGCGUGCUCCAUCUGGUGCGCAUGCAGUAAAAGUCUGGAAUCCCAUAUUGCUGGCCGAGUCAUCCUCAGUCUUGCUGCCGGACAGGCUGAGGCUCUCUGCCCCAUCAUGAUUCAGGAGGUCUACUUUCUACACCAGCGAGGCACAAAAAUUGCAAUAUUCUGUGCUGCUCAGACACUCGGAACCGCUGUGUUGACAGUAGCGAGCUCUUAUCUUGCUGCCAACAUAGGCUGGCGCUGGUGGUACGGAGUCUUUGCGUGCAUUUCCUUUGCUUGCUGGCUCAAUGCCGUCUUUCUUGUCCCCGAGACGAAAUUUACACGCACAGUAAGCGCUCAAGCCGGCUUGGGCCACGAAGAUGCACAGACACUGGGCCCUCUCCGACCCAUCACCUCCAAUGCCCGACCCCCCAUUGACCACACCAACUACGAACCGCGAACAUGGCGCCACGACAUGGCUCUCUUCCACGGAAAACCCAACUGGUCAGAGGCCGUCUCGUGCUGGAAACAAAUGGCGCAGGUCAUCUGCUUUCCCAACGUCUUCUGGUUGGUCCUCUGCAGUGGUGCCUUUCUUGGUGUAUUCGUCAUGUUUGGCGCUGUCUUUGCCCAAGUCCUUGUCUCUCCACCUUACAACUUUGAUUAUGAGUGGAUUGGGUUCGUUUUCGCGGGACAAAUUGUUGUCUCGAUGGUUGUCAUUCCGGCGCAGGGUUGGCUGAGCGACUGGCUGGUGAAAUUGUUCGGAAAGCGCAAUGGCGGACUCGCUGAGCCCGAAACACGAUUGAUACCCCUUAUCAUACCGUUCAUUGUUGCCAUUAUCAGCACGGUUAUAUUCGGCCGAGCAUGCCAAACUCCGCAAGAUUGGCAUUGGUCGGCGAUUGUGGUGUCCUUCAACGUGGAAUUCUACGGCUUUGUUGGUGUGGUGGUUGCGUCAUUCACCUAUGUGAUUGACAGCUACCCGGCGCGCAGUGAUGCAGCAUUGGUCGUGCUGUGUUUUGCCCGCGGUGUCAUUUCCUUUGCUCUCUCUUACGGGUCCCUCAGCUUCCUGGGUAUCAAGAGCACCAAAUACGCUCUUGUGUUCGAUACCAGUGCUAUAAUAAUUGGUGCAUUGGGAUUCAUUGGAAUUUUUGUUUAUCUCUGGGGAAAGAAGAUUCGUCAAAUCACAUAG